AUGGAAAUAGUGGCAGUAGAUGCGGGCCACCCGGGUUCAUGUCAUGAUUCAUUUAUUUGGAAUCAAACUUAUGCAAGGCAAUUUUAUAGCAACAAUCGCGCUCAAAACACUUGGAUUUUGGCAGAUUCCGGCUACGCUUUGGAAACCGUCGUAAUGACGCCAUAUAGGAACCCACAGCAUGGAUCAAUAGAACAUGCCUUUAAUAAGAGACACGCUUCUGCUCGCAACAUAAUUGAGCGUACAAUCGGUUUAUUAAAAAGCCGAUUCCGAUGCUUGCAAGGAACUCUUCACUACGAACCAAAGUUUGUUGCUCAACUAAUCAACGUUUGCUGUGCGCUACACAACAUUUGCCGCAGGCGUAACAUACAGAUGAAUGAAGAGAAUGGCCAUGAUCUGGAAAUGACAAGUAGAAAUGCUGAAGACGAGAGUGACAAUGAUUACCAGGCGGCUGUAGAUGGAGGGGAAAUGAGGGAUGAAGUUGCCCGAAGGUUACAAAUCUAA